AGAUAGUCACAGAAACAUAACCUCAAACCCUCACUCCUCAGUCAAAGACACAGACUAAAGCAAUGGCCAAAUCUCCAGAAACAGAGCAUCCCAACAAAGUCUUUGGCUGGGCUGCUAGAGACAAAUCCGGCCUUCUCUCUCCUUUCAACUUCUCUAGAAGAGACAAUGGUGAAAAUGAUGUGACAGUGAAGAUCUUGUUUUGUGGAGUUUGCCAUACUGAUUUACACACCAUCAAGAACGACUGGGGAUACUCCUAUUACCCUGUAGUUCCCGGGCAUGAAAUCGUUGGGAUCGCUACAAAAGUUGGAAAAAACGUUACCAAAUUCAAAGAAGGAGAUCGUGUAGGAGUAGGAGUGAUCACUGGCUCAUGCCAAUCUUGCGAAUCGUGUGACCAAGAUCUUGAAAACUACUGUCCUCAGAUGUCUUUCACUUACAAUGCGAUUGCAUCCGAUGGAACCAAGAACUACGGUGGCUAUUCAGAGAACAUUGUGGUCGAUCAGCGGUUUGUUUUGCGGUUUCCCGAGAGCUUACCAAGCGAUUCGGGUGCGCCAUUGCUGUGUGCUGGAAUCACUGUGUAUAGUCCAAUGAAGUAUUAUGGAAUGACUGAGGCAGGGAAGCAUUUGGGUGUAGCUGGACUUGGUGGACUUGGUCAUGUUGCUGUUAAGAUUGGUAAAGCUUUUGGUUUGAAAGUUACUGUGAUUAGUUCGUCUCCGGCGAAAGAAGAGGAAGCCAUCAGUCAGCUUGGUGCUGAUUCGUUUCUUGUCACCACCGAUCCUCAGAAAAUGAAGGCUGCAAUUGGAACUAUGGAUUACAUAAUCGACACGAUAUCAGCAGUACAUGCUCUGUAUCCGUUGCUCGGUUUACUCAAAGUCAACGGAAAGCUCAUCGCUUUAGGCCUACCUGCAAAGCCUCUCGAGCUACCAAUGUUCCCUCUCGUUCUCGGAAGGAAAAUGGUUGGAGGAAGUGACAUCGGAGGGAUGAAGGAGACACAAGAGAUGCUUGACUUCUGCGCUAAGCACAACAUUACGGCUGAUAUUGAAUUGAUUAAGAUGGAUGAGAUUAACACUGCCAUGGAGAGGCUUGCUAAGUCUGAUGUUAAGUACAGGUUCGUGAUCGACGUGGCUAACUCCUUGAGCCCUCCAUGACUCAGCCGAAUCUAAGGAUUCUCUGUUGAGGAGGCUAUACAAUCUAUUUCAUAAUCUUGUGUGUUAUGCUUGUGUUUGUGUCUCUCGCGUUGAGUUAUCUUCGUUUCAUGCUUUCAGUUUGAGAAUCGGUUUAUUCUCAGACAAGUUACCUUCUUUCUUUGUGUUUCUUCUCAAUGCUCAUGUUCUGUUUCUUGAGAAAUAGAAACUCUUUUCGGAUUCGAGAUAAAUUUACCAAUCUCCGGUAUGGCAAUAAUAUAAAGAUGGAUUUGAUAAA